AUGCGGACGGGCGCCUGUUUAGCCGGGAGCGGGCCUUGCGGUGGCACGGGUACCAGAGCGACAGGGAGGCCACGGGGCGAUGGCGCCCUGGCUCGAGGUACUUGCGUCGUGGGAGAGAAAACGAGCGUCGGCAGGUACUUUGCCGCGAGGGCCUUGGAGUUCAAGUUGUCUCCAGGCUGGCUGUACCGACCCAUCUCAACAUGGGUCCAGCAACAAAAACGCCAGCCAACGCCAGCGCUUUCAGCAGCACAGCGGCAGCAUCAGCAUCAGCAACACCACCAGCAACAACAACAACACGACGACACGACAAGAUACGAUACGACACAACCCGUGGCCGCAGCCGCAAUCGUACCGCAUCUCGCGAUCGCCAUGGCCCAGCACCAUCGUCAUCGCCCGCCAUCUCGUCCCCAGCAGCGGUACCUCGCAAGUCACUGCCUGGUCUGCGGCAUGACCAAGGUUUCAUUCGUCGUCCGCACGCAGGCGGCUAGGCGGGUCCUCUCGCAGAUACGUCGUCCAAGGCGGCCUUUGUAUGGCCCGUCGUACCAGGGCAUGGCAACUUCGGUGAAAGUCGUGGCUCUGGAUCUCUCCCUCGCCCUGGCGCUGCCAAACCGUGCAGUGCACAACGAGGCAAAAGGGCUCAACCUCGUCCCAUCCAUCUGA